AUGGGUGGAGUUGCUUGGACUGAAGAAGAGGAUCACUUGCUUAAGAAAUGCAUACAACAAUAUGGUGAAGGCAAAUGGCAUAGGGUUCCUCUAUUGGCUGGUCUAAACAGGUGCCGAAAGAGCUGCAGACUAAGGUGGCUGAACUACCUUCGUCCUAACAUAAAAAGAGGAAAUUUUGCAGAGGAAGAAGUGGAGAUGAUUGUUAAACUCCACAAAUUAUUGGGAAAUAGGUGGUCACUGAUUGCAGGAAGGCUGCCGGGAAGGACUGCCAACGAUGUGAAGAACUAUUGGAAUUGUCAUCUGAGCAAGAAACUGAAUGCAAUGGAAGGCGAAGACAGAUCACAAGCGACCAAAAAUGUUGAAGUGAUUAGGCCACAGGCUAGAAACAUUGGCACUUCAAGCUCCAUGAAGCGAAGAAGGGGAAUUCAGGGCGAGUCAUCAUCGCCAAUCGAGAGCGAUUUACUUGCUCAACAAGAAAUCAGUGGCAUGUCGUCCACAAUGUCGUUUGAUGCCGACGGACAAAGCCAUCAUAACAUGCUAGAAUCGCAGCUAGAAAACAACCUAUACUCAUGCUUGGAGCAGCAGGACAUUGUUGGUGAGUUGCCUAUGGAUUUCCGAUUCGAAGGAGGAGUUGAAGAGAUCAUCAACGCCGGCGAAGGGAGCAGCGGCCAGUGGGAUUGGGAUGACUUGCUGUUAGACAUGGAUCUAUAUAAAGAUUUUGCGACUAAUUAG